AUGGACUUGGAAAAUGAAGCCGCUGGGGGACCAUCCCAAACACAAAUUACCGUUGAGGAGAUUGUAAAUAUUGCCAUUCAUGCGUUGCAAGUCAAAGAAGCCCAGGACAAGAAGGUAUCCUUUUCAGAAAUAUCCAGUUUAGUGUCAGAGUUUUCAGGCUCUGAAGAUGUUGUUGCUUGGUUUCAAUGCAUUGAUGCGAUCAAAAUCGCUUAUAAAGUAUCUGAAGACAUGCUCAAAUUAGUGAUUAUCAAUAAAUUAACUGGUACAGCCAAACGUUGGUUCCAUUCCUGUCCUUCCAAUGCAGCCCUUACAUUAUCUAGGUUGGAGUUGGAGAUGACGCGAAUGUUUAAGUGUCAGGAAGAUAGAUUGGCAAUUAUGAAGAAGUUUGAGGCAAGACGUUGGCGUCGAAAUGAAAAGUUUUGUGAAUAUUACUUUGACAAGAUAUUGAUGGGAAAGCAGCUUAAUUUGGCAGACACUGACCUGGUUAAUUACUUGAUUGAAGGAUUCGAUGACCCUAUUUUACAAACGCAGGCAAAAAUGAAGGAAUUUUCAUCGACAUCAAAAUUAUUAGAGCCUCACACACCUAGUUACACACCUGUAAAUAAAACCCAAUAUGUACCACCAGUAGUAAGGCGUUGCUUCAACUGUUACGAAGAGGGUCACUUGGCAAACAACUGUUCGAAACCUCGUAGGGCAAGAGGGUCUUGUUUUGAAUGUCAAGCUACCGACCAUCAAGUGAAAGAUUGUCCAAGGCGUAAAGGAAGACAACCAGAAAGAAGAAGUGCACAGGCUGAUUCCACUGUAACAUACACAAGUUCAACUAAUGUUACUCAGGACAUUUUUCCAGCUUAUAUGGUAACUUGUAUAUUUAGAAAAUAUUUGAAUUAUGAAUUUGAUGCAAUUAUUGAUACUGGUAGUCCCAUUUCUUUGGUUAAGGAAAGUGUAAUAAAUAGGGAAGACAUUUUGCCUCAUGAUUCAAGUCAAAAUUUUUAUGGGUUAAAUAAAACUCCACUUAAAAUUUUAGGUUGUUUUGAAGAUAUUGUCAUAAUUGCAGAUUGUGAAGUCAAAAAUAUUUUCCAUGUUGUAUCAGAUGAUACUAUGAGUUUUGAUGUUCUUUUGGGAAGGAAUUUUAUGUCAAAUGAUCUUGAGUUACCCAAUGUAAGGGGUAGUGUAAAAGACAAGGUAUCCAGAAAGGCUGGAGGUAUUACCGGCGUGCCGAAUUUAUUGUACGGAAUGCACCGAAAGACGCUACCAUCCGAAAAUUGA